AUGUUGCGGAAGAUCAUUCCACAAACUGGCUGCAACCCAACUGAAUAUACUCCAAAAGACUUUGUGCGAAUUUUUGGCACAGAGAGUCUCAGUGAUGUUUCAGAUCUUAGUGGUCGAGAUGGGAAAUACACAUCAAUGAGUUCUUGUAGACAUUCGGGUACAUAUCCCGUCAGCGCACAGAAGUCCAACGAUGAUGAUGGAGUCAUUGAGGAUGAAAAUGGUAAACCGAUGUCAGUUCUGACUGUCUUCUCGGAGUCAAUACGAUAUCUGAAGGAUUCCUUACUGGAAGAGUGCCGAAAGCACAACACAGGUGUAGACGUAAAUAUCUUAAAAUGGAUUAUCGCUGUUCCUGCCUUGUCGUCGGACCCAGAAAAAUCGCUCAUAUGGUUAGCGGCAAUUGAGGCUGGAAUAGAUCCGAAAAAGCUUAUUCUUACACGGCUGCUUAAGGAAGCACUAUUCGUUGCUGCAAUAGACUUUGGAACAACAUAUUCUGGAUAUGCCUUUUCGUCAAUUGAUGAUUUCAAUAGAGAUCCGACAAAGGCUUAUCUAAAAGAAUGGGUGGAUCCUUCUAGUAACCUGAUGUACAACAAGACAUCGACAUGCAUUCUGUUUACCAAGGAAAUGAAAUUUAGCCAUUUUGGCUUUGAAGCUGAGGACAAGUAUAGUGACCUAAUGGAAAACAAUGAUCAUAAAGAAUGGUACUUUUUCAGAAAAUUCAAAAUGUGUUUAUACGAUUUGAAGUCUUGCAAUGAGAAUAUGAUUAUUGAAGAUGAAACUGGUAAACCGAUGCAAGCCCUGACUGUUUUUUCUGAGUCUAUAGGAUAUAUGAAGGAGUCCUUACUUGAACAAUGUCGAAAGCAAAAUACAGAUAUUGAACUAGAAGAUAUCAAAUGGGUCAUUACUGUUCCUGCAAUAUGGUCUGAUCCGGCAAAAUCUUUUAUGCGGUUAGCGGCAGUUGAGGCUGGGAUUGAUUCAGAGAUGCUAGCCAUUGUGUUAGAGCCAGAAGCAGCUGCAAUUUACGUCAAACACAUUCGUGUAGAAAGAACGAAAGACAAUGAACUUCAAACAUUUGCUCCCGGAUCCAAGUACAUCGUUGUUGAUGCAGGAGGCGGAACAAUCGACACAACUGCACAUGAGGUUCUGGAAGAUCACCACGUCAUAGAACUGAUAAGAGCCACUGGUGGAGAUUGGGGAGGCACGAGUGUUGACGAAAGCUACAUGAAUUUUAUCAAAUGUAUUAUUGGUGAUAGUGUCACUGACAAAAUAGUGCAAGAUCAAUCAAAUGUAUUCUAUGAAAUUUGUAGAGAAUUUGAAAUUGCAAAACGCAGAAUCCGACCAGAUUCAGAUACGAGGUUCACUGUUAAGAUUCCGUCAGAACUUUCCACAACCUAUAAAACAGUCACUGACGGAGAAUUGAACUCCAUUACCUCUGGGUCGAUGAAAAAUAAAGGACAAGUGGGUGUUAGAUUUACUCUUGAUAAGAUAAGAUUAGGAUCAAAAGAUGCCCAGUGUUUCUUUGCCGACUCAAUAUCAAACAUUUGUCGUCAUUUAUCAUAUCUGUUUGAACAGGAAGCAGGGAAAGGGAUAACAACCAUUAUACUAGUGGGUGGUUAUGCAGAGUCUCCAGUACUCAUCAACGCCAUUAAGUCAAAAUUCCCUCAGAUGCGUACUAUCAUACCACAGGAGGCAGCGUGGUCCGUUUUGCGUGGUGCCGUCAUUUUUGGUCACGACCCAAGUCUUAUUAAGCAACGAAGGAGCAAAUAUACAUACGGCAUAGGUGUUUACAAGCUGUUUGAUCCAUCGAAGCAUGAUGAAAAAUACAGAUACGAAGAAGAUGGAGAGGUACGGUGCGGUUCACUUUUCUCUAAGCUUAUAGAGAUUGAUCAGCUGGUGACAGUGGGCGAAUACCAAAAGGAAGAGGGGUACAUAUUGCGUAAAAUUGGUAGUAAAGGGAAUCUCUCUCUAUAUUCCAGUACAUCAGAGAAUCCGAAAUACAUUGAUGAAGACGGAUGUUCUUUCAUAGGAUACAUUCUACCCCCAGGGCAUAAGUUUCUUAUCAAUGAAGAUACUACAGUUAAUAUGUGCUUUGGUGAAACAGAAAUAGAAUUCAAAGCACAUCAACCAAAAAGUCAGUUAACAGCUACAUAUCAUUUGGGACAAUAAGCCUAUCGCUGAAGAAAAUAGAGCAUGUAUUAACUACACUGACAGAUAUCAUGUAAAUCUGAUAGGAAAUUCACUAGCCAUUAAAACUGAUGUGUAUGAUUCUUCCUAACAAAUUCGAUUCAGUCUCCAUUUUCUGAGCAUAAACAUCAUUUCUUUCUUUAAAUAUUUAUCUUUUUCAUUUUUUCGUCUCUGACAUAUUCAAUUUGUAGUUCCAUCUGUAUUUCUACUACGUCAAUUGUAUCUUUAGGUUUAAGUAAAUAAACUU